CCCCGCGUUCUCAAAGUGCCGUCCUAUCUCAGCUAUAAGUUUCUGGGUGAACGCGAUUGUGCAGCGCCCUGCGAGCCCGCACGGCCCGACGGCUCCAUGUUCUUCUCGCAGGAGGAGACGCGGUUUGCCCGUCUCUGGAUCCUCACUUGGUCGGUGUUGUGCUGCGCUUCCACGUUCUUCACGGUCACCACCUACUUAGUGGACAUGCAGCGCUUUCGCUACCCAGAGCGGCCCAUCAUCUUUCUGUCAGGCUGCUACACUAUGGUGUCGGUGGCCUACAUCGCGGGCUUCGUGCUCCAGGAGCGCGUGGUGUGCAAUGAGCGCUUCUCUGAGGACGGUUACCGCACGGUGGUGCAGGGCACUAAGAAAGAGGGCUGCACUAUACUCUUCAUGAUGCUGUACUUCUUCAGCAUGGCCAGCUCCAUCUGGUGGGUGAUUCUGUCCCUCACCUGGUUCCUGGCAGCCGGUAUGAAGUGGGGCCACGAAGCCAUCGAAGCCAAUUCGCAGUACUUCCACCUGGCCGCCUGGGCCGUGCCAGCCGUCAAAACCAUCACCAUCCUGGCCAUGGGCCAGAUCGACGGCGACCUGCUGAGCGGCGUGUGCUUCGUGGGCCUCAACAGCCUGGACCCGCUGCGGGGCUUCGUGCUGGCGCCGCUCUUCGUGUACCUGUUCAUCGGCACAUCCUUCUUGCUGGCCGGCUUCGUGUCACUCUUCCGCAUCCGCACCAUCAUGAAGCACGAUGGCACCAAGACGGAGAAGCUGGAGAGGCUCAUGGUGCGCAUCGGCGUCUUCUCGGUGCUCUACACGGUCCCGGCCACCAUCGUCAUCGCCUGCUACUUCUACGAGCAGGCCUUCCGCGAGCACUGGGAGCGCUCGUGGGUCAGCCAGCACUGCAAGAGCCUGGCAAUCCCGUGCCCGGCCCACUACACGCCGCGCAUGUCGCCCGACUUCACAGUCUACAUGAUCAAAUACCUCAUGACGCUCAUCGUGGGCAUCACGUCGGGCUUCUGGAUCUGGUCCGGCAAGACGCUGCACUCCUGGAGGAAGUUUUACACGCGUCUCACCAACAGCCGGCAUGGCGAGACCACCGUGUGAAGCAGCCUCGCCUGGUGGGCACCCCCUCCCCCAGGGCCGGACCGCACGGUGCCCUCCUCCACUCGGGAGGGGGUGCGCCUAUGGACUCCUAUUUUAUUUUUUUAAAAAAUAAAGAACAGUAAAAAAACAAAAAACAAAAAACAAAACCACAUUUUAUUUUAGGUCGCUUUUUAAAAAGAACUCUGUCCAACACCCCUACCAGGUUUGUGAUUAAAACUGUAAAUAGUGUUUGUAAAUUUAAUUAUAUAUUUUCUAUUUAAAAGAAAAAAAGGGGGGAAAAACAGGAGCGAGGGCGCCUAGGCUGAAGAAUGGGGUGGGGGUGGGGGAGGAGGGCUCGCCUUUUCUAAGUGCCCUUUUAAAAGCCGCCCUGUGCUCUGGUUCGAAUUUUUUGGUGACUUGGCAGGGCUGGGCCUGCUGGGAGAGGCACCUAGCAUGCGCGCUGUUUUUGUUGGCUUCUAGGAGUUGGGAGUUAGUUCCACUCAACUUCUAUAAAAGCCGAAUUUGCGAGCCUCCUCGCCGACGCGGGGCCUGUGGAAGCUGUGGGAUAUUUUUUAACAAGACUUGGAUUCGUUUUGUUCUAUUUUAUUUCCCGUCCUCUACCCCCCUUCACCCCCCUUUCACCCUUCUCAUUUGUUCUGUCUUCCCUCACUCGAAAUCUGGAACCCUCCCAAUCCAGAUGCAGACGUGGAAAAACACACCGCUUUUAGGGGGAGGGCGGAGAUGUGGGGAGGAAUGGCCUCCACCCCCCUAACCCACUCUCCCGCGGGCACCGAGAUCCUUCUGUGGUUUCGGCUCCGGCCCACGCGCAGAGAAUGGGCAACAAAACGUUUUGUGAAGUGUGUUUUGACACCCCCACCCCGCCCAGUACACACACCAUUUUAAGAGCCACCCUCUUUCCCUGAAUUUUAGGGAUACCACUAGCAAACCCCGGGCUCUUUUGCUCUUCCCUUCCUUCUCUCCCGGUAGUCUGCUCCUCGCAGUGGUAUCCAGGUUAGCAGUUUUUAGGGUUGGGUUGUGUGUUAUGUGUGGGUUUUUGUUUGAGUUUUUUUUUUUUUCUUCCAAAAGCAGUAAAAGUGGUUGGGUUGGAGGGAGGGGAAUGGAUGAGAUGGUGGGAAUUUUAGUUUUCUUUUGACAAAAGAGUGGCCUUAAAAAAAAAAAAAUAAGAAGUUGUCCAGGAAAAGAACUAAAACUACUGGGUUAAGUUUGCUUUAGAAGGCCUCUCUGGGCAGGCUCUUUGUGGCUGUGGGGGUGGGGUGGAGUGUUUACAUGACAUUCUAUAUCAUAAGAUUGAUAGAGUGUUCCUAACAUGUUUCUUCCCCCUGCACACAAAUAAAAGUAAAGAUUUUUCUUAAGUGCGCUGCCUGAAGGAUGAUGUAUAAAGUAUCUUUCCCGGUAUGAGAAUUCCAGUUUCGAACACACACAUUGGCUCUGUCUACUGUUUGGAGUCUUAGGACUCAAAGGCUGAGGAGUUGGAGACUAAGUUUUCCAGGACUGUGCUUCUGCCGUCUCUCCUGUUUCUUGAUAAUAGUGCAAAUUAAAGCCUAAUAAUCACCAUAAUAAAGUGCAUUUAAUUAUCUUCAGA